AUGCCCCGCACAAAGUUUUCAACAAAUCCGUCUGCAACAUCUUCAUCAGCAACCUUGAACGAUCUCUCCCAUCCAUAUCCUACACCCUCUACCUCGCCCUUACUGGUGCCGACUCUUCCCCCACCACCCUCGCCUCUGUCGGCUUUAGCUGCCUCUUUCACGAUCAAAACGCCUAACAAACAGCAUGUUCACGACAGCACUCUUUCCUUACCCGUUGGCACCACAUUGAGCAUCCCACGUAAGAAUGGCAGCCGCAUUGGUCAGUCAAUUUUAGGCCAGCUGCUGGCUGCUCACAAGCCAGGAAGAGAUCAUCACAAGUUGGCCAGUGAUGCUGCUCUCUCACUCGAGACUAUCCGACCCAAGGAACAACAGCGUCGGUCUAUUCUACCUGCCAGUUGGACGAUAAACUUUCAAAAGCCGUCUAGUACACCAUCGUCUUCUGCCAAGCAGCAAUCUGUUGACAAGAUGACACCAUUAAUAGGAUCAAGCCCACAUAUUGGUCGUAAUGUAAUGGAGAAUUCAGACCAGAAUGAACAUCAUCAACCCAUGCUCCCUUCUGUUUGGCUGGAGAAUGUCCUUUCCCGUCUGUCCCGUUCAGACACGAAUAUCCCACCCCAUUAUGCUACCCUUCCCAGGGUCACUUUUCAGGACCGUGCCAUGCCCCUUCGAUCUGUCUUUGCUGAUUCUGAUGCAUCAGUAGUGAGGGACAAGAAGGAUGAGAGGCGAGGCGUACACAAGAUCAAGACCGCUCUUUCGUCUUCUAACCUCAAUCCAAGAUCCAAAGUCAACGAUAAUGCUUCGCCCAAGACCACAAAUUCCCCGACAAUGACGCGACGCGGUUCAGCGUGUGAACUAGCCCUUGGAGACGAUGCACAUGAACUAUUUCACCAAAACAGACCCAAGGCACUAUCAUCAGCCGUGAUUUCAUCCUCGAUUGUGCCACCAAAGGAAACAUCCCGCAAUGUCCGUCAGCAUUCACUGGACUCAACCAUGUUUGCUUCCAAGUCAACAAAAACCCUUACAGUCCCUGAACACCUACCUUCGUCUUCAACAGAAUCCUAUCCUCCACCAGGCACAACUACGAAGACUACCCGUGGUCGUUUCACUAUCGAGUCAUCCUCUACAGCACCGAACCCAUUUAGAACCAGGACAUUGAGCUGUACGGCUGCAUCAGCUCCACAGAUCCUUGCACAACAUCAGCAGCACUUAUCGACGAGUCAAACAUCCUCUGAGAGGCCAUUAUUAUCCAUUACAACACCCCCUCCAGCCCUCUCAGUCCCUUUGCCCACUCCUUCAUCUCCAUCCACAAAUAACGGUCACUUGUCUUCCUUUUCCACUCCGCGCUCAAUACAUACGGCUGUCCCUCCAUCACCUUCUUCACCUACCGCUACUCAUGUCACAGGUCAUCAGUAUGCUUAUGACCAGUUCUCGAGCAACAGCAACAGCAAUAGCAACAGCAGCACGACCACUCCAAUCUCAAUCCCUCUGGCAAGUAAACCUAAUCAUCAAAGGACACACUCUAGCUCUUCAGUCCAGUCCUCAGCUAGUACUUCGUCCAGGCGAUCACAGGUGAUUAUUCCACCACCAGCGUCUGCAUCCUCCCUCCAUUAUGCAUCGUUUUCGUCAAUCACAUCCACGGGCCCUGUCUCGAAUGCCUCGCCUCUGAUACACCACCAGAAUUUGUCUUCAAGACGUUCUACAAUCAAUAACAACGGUGGCGCUACCAAUAGUAACAAUUUUAGGAAUCUGUCGAUCCAAAUCGUAAAUGGUGGGGACAAGGCAGAUGGAGGUCAGGAUAGCCAUGACAGCCAAGUGUUUCAUAUGGAGACGCCUACGGUUCAUCCGUUGGAUGAAGAUACCUCUGUUCCAGCAACAUCAGUGCUAUCAUCGUCACCAUCAUCAUCUGGAAUAUAUGAGGGUGCCAAUGCUCAAGCAGGGCCACAGGCAGCCCACCAAACCAUGAAUCGAGUCCAUCCAAGACAAGAUUCGAUCGACAGCCCAGCGGAAUGUCAUGCUCCGAUGACAACUAGCAGCAGUGCUUCUGGCCUGAAUAGUGGUCUUAAUAAUAACGGCCGAGGAGGUGCUGGAAUAGGAGUAGAAACAGGAGCGGUCAUUUUGAAUCAACAAUUUGGGCGCCAGGUUUAUGAUCGCGAUUACUCAGCAGAAAUAGGAUAUUUUCGGCAAAGGUCCCUUUCUACCACUAAUGUGGAUAUGCGCAACACGUUCCAAAAGCCAUCCAUUCAUGGUCACCAGCAGUUGCACGAGCAGCCCUUGUUGAAUGGUCCACCACAAGGAUUUUCGUGGAAUGAGCGACCCACAAGAAGAAGCCAUGGCUCUGUAUCGAGUGCAGAUCAUCAUCAUCAUCCGCAUCGUAGUGGUACUCCAAUCAGAUACAUGUCGGAGAACACACUAGGGCCCAUGUCAUCAUCAUACAACUGCAGCUCCAGUUUCUCAUCAUCAUUAUCCUCGACAUCGCAGGCCAGUGAUAUUGUCGUGGUCAAGAAGAGCGCGACAGGACGAAUGUUUACAGUUGAAAGAACACUGCCAGCUAGCCCUACCAAGUCAAGUCGGUUCAUUGUUAUGUCGUCUACCGAUGACCUCUGUGCCUCUACACCAUCCCCACCAGCCAGACCAGCUUCACCACUGCAAAAAACAAGCGAAGACGCAGAAAAAUAA